AACCCCGUUGUCUUCUUCGAUAUCUCGCUGGGCAGAUAUGGGGACAGCACUCCCCUGGGCCGCAUCGAAAUCGAGCUGAAGCAGGACGUCUGCCCCAAGACGGCCGAGAACUUCUUGCAGCUCGCACAAGCCGAGCCGGGGUCUGGCUACAAGGGCAGCCGCUUCCAUCGCAUCAUUCCAUCGUUCAUGGCGCAAGGUGGUGACUUCACCGCUGACAACGGCACUGGUGGGCGCUCCAUCUACGGCAGCCGCUUCCCAGAUGAGAACUUUCAGCUGAAGCAUCUUGGCGAAGGCGUGCUAAGCAUGGCAAACGCGGGCCCAAACACAAACGGGAGCCAGUUCUUCCUCUGCACCGCCAGCACCCCCUGGCUGGACCAGAAACAUGUUGUGUUUGGGCAGGUGUUAAAGGGCUACAACGUGGUCAAGGCCAUGGAGGCGUGCGGGUCGCGCAGCGGGGAGACCGCCCACGACGUAAUGGUCUCGAACAGUGGUGUGGUCUCU